GAGUCGCGCGAUGAGCGGCUAGACGUGCCCGGGCGGGCGCGGAGACCUCGCUGCCGGGAGCGCGCUCGCGGCCGCGCGCCUCCGCUUCCCAGGCUCCGUCGCUGACGCGUCGUGGACGUUGGGGAGCGGGAAGGCAGCAGGCAGCGAGGCCGGGAUGAACAGCGGCGGCGGCUUCGGCUUGGGCUUAGGCUUCGGCCUCUUCCCUACGACGGUGAUUCAGGUGACGAACCUCUCGUCGGCGGUGACCAGCGAGCAGAUGCGGACGCUCUUUUCCUUCCUAGGCGAAAUCGAGGAGCUGCGGCUCUACCCCCCAGACAAUACACCUCUUGCUUUUUCCUCCAAAGUAUGUUAUAUUAAGUUUCGUGACCCAUCAAGUGUUGGUGUGGCCCAGCAUCUAACUAACACGGUUUUUAUUGACAGAGCUCUGAUAGUAGUUCCUUGUGCAGAAGGUAAAAUCCCCGAAGAAGCCAAAGCCCUCUCCUUACUGGCGCCUGCUCCAACCAUGACAAGCCUGGUACCUGGUGCAGGGUUGCUUCCCAUCCCAACCUCCAGCCCUCUGACGGCAGUGAGUAGUCUUGGUGUUUCACUUAGCAGUUUGGGAGCUAUCCCGGCAGCAGCCCUGGACCCAAAUAUUACAACACUUGGAGAGAUCCCACAGCCGCCACUUAUGGGAAAUGUGGAUCCUUCCAAAAUUGAUGAAAUUAGGAGAACAGUUUAUGUUGGAAAUUUGAAUUCACAGACAACGACAGCUGAUCAACUACUUGAAUUUUUUAAACAAGUUGGAGAAGUGAAGUUUGUUCGGAUGGCAGGUGAUGAGACUCAGCCAACUCGGUUUGCUUUUGUGGAAUUUGCAGACCAAAAUUCUGUACCAAGGGCUCUUGCUUUUAAUGGAGUUAUGUUUGGAGACAGGCCACUGAAAAUAAAUCACUCCAACAAUGCAAUAGUAAAACCUCCUGAGAUGACACCUCAGGCUGCAGCUAAGGAGUUAGAAGAAGUAAUGAAGCGAGUACGGGAGGCUCAGUCAUUUAUCUCAGCAGCCAUUGAACCAGAGUCUGGAAAGAGCAAUGAAAGGAAAGGCGGUCGAUCUCGUUCCCACACUCGCUCAAAGUCCAGGUCUAGCUCAAAAUCCCAUUCUAGAAGGAAGAGAUCACAGUCAAAGCACAGGAGUAGAUCCCAUAAUAGGUCACGUUCAAGACAGAAAGAUAGACGUAGAUCCAAGAGCCCACACAAGAAACGCUCUAAGUCUAGGGAGAGGCGGAAGUCAAGGAGCCGGUCGCGGUCACGGGACAAGAGAAAAGAUACCCGAGAAAAAGUGAAGGAAAGAGCGAAGGAGAAAGAGAGGGAAAAGGAGAAAGAGAGGGAAAAGGAUCGUGAAAAAGACAAGGAACGGGGUAAAAACAAAGAUAAAGACCGCGAGAAGGAAAAGGACCAUGAUAAGGAGCGAGACAAAGAGAAGGAGAAGGAACAAGAUAAAGACAAGGAACGGGAAAAAGACCGCUCCAAAGAGACAGAUGAAAAACGGAAGAAGGAGAAGAAGUCCAGAACACCACCCAGAAGUUACAAUGCAUCGCGACGAUCUCGUAGUACCAGCAGGGAAAGGCGGAGGAGGAGGAGCAGGAGUUCUUCCAGAUCGCCAAGAACAUCAAAGACUGUAAAAAGAAAGACGUCUCGGUCUCCAUCUCCCAGGGGCCGAAAUAAGAAAGAUAAAAAGAGAGAAAAAGAACGGGACCACAUCAGUGACAGGAGAGAAAGAGAGCGUUCCACCUCCACAAAAAAGAGUUCUGGUGACCGAGAUGGGAAGGAGAAAGUGGAGAAGACUACCACACCAGUUAAGGAGAAGGAACACAGUAAAGAGGCAGAUCCAGCUGUGAGCAAAGAUGCAGAUGAGAAGGGCUCUCCAAGGACUGAGGAGGAAGGUAACGUACAGCACAAUGGGAAUUGCCAACCAAAUGAAGAGAGCCUGUGCAGCAAGGCUGAAGCUGUGUAGGCCUGCCCACUCUCUCCACCUCGGUGGGAUCAAACCCAAAGCUUUCAAUUCAAAACAAGGUGUAAAUGGAGAAAGAAAUCCAUAUAUGGUAACUAAAGCUUUUCCAGCUAUGAGGUGACAUUGUGGACAUCUUGUUACUGAGCAUGGACAUCAUGAAGUACCAGAUGUUACCCAAACUGAUCAUCUUCUGAAGUCUGCAUUUCCAUGGUGGCUGCCACGCUUGUCAUGUGGUGGGUGCAUCAGUGUUUGCCAGAAUAGCAGAGCUCCAGAGUGGGACUGUCCAGGAGAUGAGCACUGGAGGCUCAUGAAAAAUAAUGCUAGUUACUGAAUUUUUGUAUUGUUUUACUUUUUUAAAAAAAAAUUUCAAUAUAUACAGUUUGAUGAUGUGCUUGAAAUUUGUGCAAAUAUACAUACACUCUUGUAAAGUGCAAAUUAUGUAAGAAGUUUUAACAUUUACUUCACAGGGAUUACAGUGAUUGUGGUAAAUCCUCACCAUUGGGUUUUCUUUUGCUCACUGUUUUGGACAUGAGUUUUUCUUUAAAACAGUUUUACAGAUUAACAUUGCUUAAAUAAGUGAUUAAAAACCAACUGACAAUGCAUGCUACUGUUCUUCAGAAGAGGAGCAGCUGUGUUGAAUACUAAUAACGUAUUCCGUGUUUAGAAUCAUUGGGUCUGCCAUGAAUGAGCAUUUCUUCUUAACCUUCCUUAACAUUUCCAAGCUCAUGAAUAAUAUUGCAGUGUGUCUUGUCAGCUGUAGGUGGCUGAGAGGCCCUUAGGAAACGGAAACUGAGUUUUCACAAACGGGCUAUUGGAGCACAAGCUAAAGCUUUAGUGCCUUCUACAAUGUGUGGAAUACUGUUCCUAGGAUUUGUAUGUGCUAGUCAUUCUCACUUCAUAUGGAAUCUAGAUGGCUGUAUUCUAUUCACCCAUUGGGAAGUGUUCAAGUGCUGUGUCAGAAGCACUUCCUUCAUUCAGAUAAGAAAAGGAAGACCUGUUUACAAGCUAUGUGGAGGUUCAAACAACAAUGUAGUUUGGGGACCACCAGUUUUAUACUGUGAUCAUUAAACAGGAGACACACUCUUACAUGAUCAGAGGAAACGUAUGAGUUGACUUCAUUGGAUGGCCUUAAUAUGCUUUGCAGUUAUUUUCUCCCAAUAAUGCAGAAAUUAUACUACAAGGAAGGACUAGGAGCAUAUAGAGAGGUAAAUUUGUGUUUAAUGGUAGGCUUACUGGAGUUUAAGAGACAAGGUCAUCCAUCAAUCUUAGGUUCAACUUUCUGCAGAAGGUAGGCAAGUAGUAAAACAAGAUCUGUGUUAAUGUUUUCUCCAAAACUUUACAUCCUAGUUAAUGCACUCUUCACUAUUGUUACAUUACCAAAACAAACAAAACCCCACUUUUAAUUUGCCAAGGUUAUUUGAAAAUCAAGUGUGAUUAUUUUAGCAGAACCUAUUACAAUCAAAUUACUCAGUUGCCUUACCUCAUGAAAAGUUACGUUCACGGAUUUAAGAAGCCAAGUAGCACUUCAGUUCCUUGGUUUCAGCUUGAGUCUUUUUUCACAUUAAUCAGAAGACUAGAAAGGCCCUUUCUGCAAAUCACAAAGCCUGGUUCGAUUAUGAAGCUGCUUAAUCAUCUUCAGGUGUUUAGAGUGUGUGUGUGUGUGUGUGUGUGUGUGUGUGUGUGUGUGUGUGUGUGUGUGUUUUCUUUUUUGUCACUGUGUACAUUAAACUUUGGAAAAUGCUUUACUAUGUAAAGUAUAGAUGGCCAUUUUAAUCAUUUAGCCACAUACGGUUGGCUAAUAAACAGCUUAUUCUGAUACAGAAAUAUUUGGACACCUGUGGAGAGAUUGUGAAGGACUGUCUCACUUCAACCGCUGUCUUUAUUUAUGAAAUGUAAAGUAGACUAGAGCAAAUGUUGGAAUCCUUGUUAUUUUUUAGUACCAUUUCUCUAAUAAAGUUGAGUAUUUUAGCGGAAA